UAAGGUUGCGGUUAGCUCUUCAAAAUUUUCUUAGAGCGAAAAUGCAGAGCACUCAAGCCAAGUAUAUUUCCCUUUUACCAAAUUCAAUUCGAAAAACCAGUGAUUUUUCUUCAAGAAAUCUUGCAGUGAACCAUUCCGAUCCAUUUUCCAGAAAUGGGGUUCUUCCCCAUUUGCAUUUGCAUUUGCAGAAACCGAUUGUAUCAGCUUGGAAAAAGAAAAGGCCAUCUGGGUCUGUUAGAUCAACGAAAAUCAUGCUAGAAUCAGCUUACUUCAUUGCUUCAAAGCUCAAGCUUUUGCCAGAGCCAUUGGAUUCUAUUUUAAGGGAAUUUGGAGGUGGAAAUGGUGGAGGUGGAGGUGGUGGGUUUAGUUUCGGGUCGGGUGGUUUUGAUGGGUGGGGAAGAAGAAAAAGUAGAAAGAAGAUGAAUUGGGGAUUUGGGGUUGUGUUUUUUGCAAUUCUUGGUGUUGGGUUGUGGUUGAUUUUGAUGAAAAGAUUGGAAAUUGAUGUGUUUUUGGGGGGUUUGGGUUUAACCCUUUUUGGGUUUUCUGUUAAUGUGUGGAAAAGAGGGGUUUUGGAUUGGGCAUUAGGGUUUUGUUGUUGUGCUGCAUUGGUAGGUUUGUUGUUGAAAGAAGAUUUGCAGAAAUGGGUUAGUUUUCUUGGUAACAUAAAGAUUGCUAGAAGAAAAAGGAAAAGAAGACUCUUUUAACUAAAAAUUUUUGUAGUAAAAUGAUGUUUUGUGAUACAUUAUAUAUAGUUUGUGUUCUUUUGUAGGAAUUGGUAGAAUGUGUAUUUUCUUUGUUGUUUCUUUUCCCUCAUAGAGAUUUCAUAUCAUAUGUACCAUUUUUGGUUUUGAGUACAUCAAAAGAUGAUUGGAUUGAUUGCUUAA